UAUAUUUUUUUUCUUCUUCUCUCCGAUCGACCAUCUCGCUUGCUCCCAGUCCCGGUUUUCGUUCUCUUUCUUUCAGCCCAACUAGCGCGCGCGCGCACGCGUGGAGCGUCCCGUUCUGUCUCACUCGCUCCCCUUCCCCCCGGUCAUCCGUCGUUCACUCGCUCACUCUCUCUCGAUCACUCAUUUGCUCGUUAUCUACCUCUCUCUCCCUCUCGAGAUUUCUUUCUUUCUUUUUUUUUUUACUUUUAAUGGCGUCCGCCGCUACUAUCAUUACAGCCGUCGCCGUUUGACCCGAUCUUCUCCCCCGUUGCGUUGUGUUUACAGUGUUUUGUUGCUCRCCACCCGAGUUUCGCGCCAUCACCGUCGACCUGUGCACAUUUUUCGUUCAUCYACAAACGACCAUCCCUUGUGCCGACCACCGCUGCUAACGAAAUAGCCCGUACGACGUGACUACCAGCCAACCGCUUACACGCUCUACAUAUCCACCUCGACGUUGUUGCCAUACGUGUUGGCGUCAUGUCCGCCAAACGGCAGUCCAAAGGCAAGGCAAAUGGCGUGUCACGCAAAAAGUCCAAAAUCGUCGAAGACGACCCACCCGUGUUGAGUGAAGAGGAUGACGACGAUGACCGGAGGUCCGAUGACGACGACGUGGACGAACUGGCAGAAGACAACGCGUCUCUGAGAGUGAAAGGCCCUGAUCACAUUGGAGUUGUCCUUUUAACUGGUGGAACUAAUUGGGAUUUAAAUGGUCGCAAGUCAAUGCCAAAAGGAUGCAAGUCUGUUGGGCGAAACUUAUAUGAACCACAUUUAUUUGGACCACUGAAAGAUAACCGUAUUCGUUUGGUAGUGAGUAGCUGCAAUUCUUCACACACUAUCUUUAUAACUGAAGAAGGCAAAGCUUUGUCUUUAGGGCGAAACGAAAAAGGUCAACUGGGGGUCAAAGAUUUACUCAGACGUGACAUUCCAACUCCAAUUGAAGGUUUACCUGACCAUGCUAUUGUCAAUGCUGCUACUGGUCGUGGACAUACAUUACUUCUCACUGAUCGUGGUGCGGUUUACAGUUGUGGUGAUAAUAAGAAUAGUCAGUGUGGCGUGAAGAGCAAAGAACCUUUUGUUACAACAGCAAUGAGGGUUAAAUAUAAUGGACCACCAAUCGUAAAAGUUGGUUGUGGUGCUGAGUUCAGCAUUUUACUUGAUUGUAAAGGCACUUUAUAUUCAUUUGGUUUGCCUGAGUAUGGGCAAUUGGGACAUAACACUAAUGGAGAGUAUAUUGAAAGAGCUGGAGCUAUUAAUUUUGCUACUGUCAAAUUACCUAAGCCUAUAAUGACUUUUGUAGAGAAAACAAAGAACAAAGUAGAAAUUUUGCAAAAACCUGAAAUCAGAGAUUUUGCAUGUGGAACAAAUCAUACAGUAGCUAUUGAUGACCAUAAAAAAGCAUAUUCUUGGGGAUUUGGAGGUUAYGGUCGYCUUGGACAUUCUGAACCAAAAGAUGAAUUACAACCGAGACUUAUCAAAUACUUUGAUGUUCAAAGAAGUGGUGUGAAGCAUGUUGCUUGUGGACCUGCAUUCAGUAUUGCUAUUAAUGAAUUUGGUGCUGUUUAUUUAUUUGGACAAAUGAGUAGUCGAGGAGAAGCUAAUAUGUAUCCAAAACCGGUACAAGAUCUUCAUGGUUGGAAUUUGCGCAGUAUUGGUACAUGCUCUAUUGGGUUAGUUGCAGCAGCUGAUGAUUCUUGUAUUGUUUGGGGUUCUGGAACUAGCUCUGGCGAAUUGGGUCUUGGAGAAUUGAAAAAAUCCAGUGCUAAACCAUGUGAAAUGAAAAAACUAGAUGGAUUAUAUGUAGAACAGGUAACUUGUGGAUCUGCGCAUACAUUUUUACUUGCUCGAGAUUUAUCAGAAGAUGACAAAGAUAUUAUUGCUUCCAUGCCGGAGUAUAAACCUGUUGUAGCUUAAACUACAGUGGACCGUUAAAACAACAAACAAUAAUAUAUAUAUAUAUUUUUUUUUUAAUUUGUAUCUUAAGAACCAAGUGGUAUUUAAUAUUUUUUUUACUAUAUUAUUAUAAUUUAAUUUUUUUUUCUACAAUAUUCGUUCCAUUAGAUUUAAGCUUUAAUGUAAUAAAUGAGCGGAAUUAUGUCAAUCAGAACUAUGUUCCUGCUAGGUACAUGAUUAAUUGGUCUGUUCUCAAUAUUUUUUCCUAUUAUUUUCAUUUAUUUGUCAGUUGACAGAUGCUAUACUAGUAAAUGAAUAAUAAUAUUAAAUAACUUGAGUUUUUUUUA